AUGUUGAGAAAUUUGUCUAAAAGAGCUCCGCUCCGCGCUGCUCCAAGAUUGGCCAGAACUCUGGCGACAGAGUCCGACACGGUCACCAUCGACUUGCCAGAAAGCUCUUUCGAGACUUAUAAGAUGGAUGCUCCAGAAUUGACCUUCGAGACAGAGAAAAGCACCUUGCUCCAGAUGUACAAGGACAUGAUCAUCAUCAGAAGAAUGGAAAUGGCCGCCGACGCCUUGUACAAGUCCAAAAAGAUUAGAGGUUUCUGCCAUCUUUCUGUUGGACAAGAGGCCAUUGCCGUUGGUAUUGAGAAUGCCAUUGACGCUAAUGACGAUGUCAUCACCUCUUACAGAUGUCAUGGUUUCACCCACAUGAGAGGCGCCUCCGUCAAGGAGGUUUUGGGUGAGUUGAUGGGUAAGAGAUGCGGUGUUUCCUACGGUAAGGGUGGUUCCAUGCACAUGUACGCUCCAGGAUUCUACGGAGGAAACGGUAUUGUGGGAGCCCAGGUGCCAUUGGGAGCCGGUCUUGCUUUUGCCCACCAGUACAAAAACAAGCCAAACUGUACCUUCACUUUGUAUGGAGAUGGUGCUGCCAACCAAGGUCAGGUGUUUGAGUCGUUCAACAUGGCCAAACUGUGGAACUUGCCAUGUAUUUUUGCUUGUGAGAACAACAAGUACGGUAUGGGAACUUCUGCUUCUAGAUCCUCGGCCAUGACCGAGUACUACAAGAGAGGUCAGUACAUCCCAGGUCUGAAGGUUAACGGUAUGGAUAUCUUGGCCGUUUACCAGGCCUCCAAGUUCGCCAAGGACUGGUGUGUUUCCGGUAACGGACCACUUGUUUUGGAGUACGAGACUUACAGAUACGGUGGACACUCCAUGUCCGACCCAGGUACCACCUACAGAACCAGAGAGGAGGUCCAGAACAUGAGAUCCAGAAACGACCCAAUUGCCGGUUUGAAGGCCCACCUUUUGGAGUUUGGAAUCGCUACCGAGGAUGAAGUCAAGUCUUUCGAUAAGGCUGCCAGAAAAUACGUCGAUGAGCAGGUCAAGGAGGCCGAGGUGUCUCCUCCACCAGAAGCCAAGAUGGACAUUCUGUUCGAGGACGUUUACGUUCCAGGAUCCGAGAUCCCAGUCUUGAGAGGAAGAAUCAGAGACGACUCGUGGUCUUUCGAGAAGAAGGGAUUUGCCUACAAAUAG